AUGCGAAGUGCGUCGCCGUCGUCCGACUCGUCGGGCCCCGGUACGCCGCCUGAGGAGUCGCCUCUGGCGAAGGACCGUAUGCACGAUGACAUAUGGGAUGCACCCUAUACGUUUCACACGCUGGAUAUGCAGCGACGCUUCAUGAAGCCGUCGUCGCACACCUGGGAUGUCAAGGCGCUCCGGGAGAUUACGCGCCCACAUAUCGAGAGCUUCAAUGCACUGUGGUCCGAGGACCCGUCCAUUGAUGUACCGGGCGGUGCAGAUCGGAUCGGGAUGGAGGGUGCGGGCCUGCUUGAGCGCAGCCUGCAAACGCUUGCGCCGCGCGUGGUAUUUGACGCGCACGGCGGCGAGGGCGAGCUGGGCAACCGCCUCGAGAUGCGGAUCGACUCGGUGUCUCUUAGUCGGCCGAUGGUGCCGGACCGUGCCAAGGACGCGCUGGACCGGCGAGUAUUCCCGGACGAGUGCCGGAACCGCCUUGUAUCGUAUCGCGGGCGGCUCACUGCGCGGGUAUCGUGGCGCGUCAACGACGGCCCGGAGCAGAGCGACCUGCGCGAUCUGGGGCAGGUCCCGAUCAUGGUUGGGUCGAACCGGUGCCACCUGCGCGGUCUCACGUCGCAGGACCUCGUUGCGCACCACGAGGAGCCGAACGAGAUGGGCGGCUACUUUAUCAUCAACGGCAACGAGCGACUGAUCCGCUUCCUGAUCCUGGCCAAGGCGAACCACGCGAUGGCGAUCGAGCGCUCGUCGUUCACGCGCCGUGGCCCCUCCUACUCGAACAAGGCCGUGUCGAUCCGCUGUGUCGGGCGGCACGAUCUGAUCAGUGUGACCAACUCGGUGCACUAUCUCGAAAAUGGCGGUGCGACCCUGCGCUUUAGCUGGCGGAAGCAAGAGUACAUGGUUCCUAUUGUGAUGGUGCUCAAGGCGCUCGUGAGCGCCACGGACAAGGAGAUCUUCACGUCCAUUGUGCAGACGGACACGGACAAUACGUUCCUCACGGACCGCGUCGAGCUGCUGCUCCGUGGCUUCCACCGGUACGCGCUGUGGACCGGCGAGCAGUGCCUCGAGUACCUCGGCGACAAGUUCCGCGUCGUGAUGCGCGCGCCCGAGGACUGGAGCAACGCGCAGGUCGGCGAGGACCUGAUCAACCGCCUUGUGCUGACGCACCUCGAGAUGCCGCGCGACAAGUACCGCAUGCUCGUGUUCAUGCUGCGCAAGUUGUACGCGUUUGUCGCGGGCGAGUGCUGUGCGGACAACCCCGACAGCCCGCAGCACCAGGAUGUGCUGAUGCCCGGCUUUUUGUACGGCGCGAUUAUCCAGGAGCGCCUCGACGAGUACCUGAUCAACGUGCGUGCGCAGCUGGCGCGCGACGUGCGGGCUGGCGCGCCUGGGUGCGACUUCUUCGACCGCCGGUACAUCCAGCGCACGCUCGGCAAAGUGAACAGCGACGUGGGCGCGCGUCUCUCUUCGUUCCUGGCGACGGGCAACCUGAGCUCGCCGAGUGGCCUCGACCUGCAGCAGGUCGGUGGCUUUACGAUCGUCGCCGAGAAGCUCAACUUUUACCGUUUCCUCUCGCACUUCCGCAGCGUGCACCGUGGUGCCUUUUUCGCCGAGCUCAAGACCACGACAGUGCGUAAGCUGCUGCCCGAGGCGUGGGGCUUUCUGUGCCCGGUGCACACGCCCGACGGUAGCCCGUGUGGCCUGCUGAACCACUUUGCGCACGCGUGCCAGCUGACGACGCGCGACCUCGAUGUGUCGCAGGUGCCGGCGCUGCUCGCGUCGCUCGGUAUGACCGAGGUCGUGGCUGCGCAUGUGAGUCCGCGCACGCACGUCACGGUGCAGCUGAACGGCACGCUCCUGGGCUACGCGACGCCUGCGCUCGCGCGGCACAUGGCUACGGUGCUGCGUGUGUGGAAGACGGAGGGGCGGCAUGGCGUGCCGCUCGACCUCGAGGUCGGCUUCGUGCCGACGAGUCUGGGCGGCCAGUACCCCGGCCUCUACCUGUUUGGCGGUCGCGCGCGCAUGGUGCGCCCCGUCACCUACCUGUUCAACGGGCGCGAGGACCACGUGGGUCCGUUUGAGCAGGUGUACCUGGACAUUGCGUGCCGGCGCCCCGAGAUUGAGGCUGGCGUCUCGACGCACGUCGAGGUGUCGCCGACGCAUGUGCUGAGCGUGGUGGCGAACCUCACGCCCUUCUCCGACUUCAACCAGAGUCCCCGCAACAUGUACCAGUGCCAGAUGGGCAAGCAGACGAUGGGCACGCCGAGCGGCGCCAUUUCGCGGCGCACGGACAACAAGCUGUAUCGCCUGCAGAGUGGGCAGACGCCCGUCGUGCGCCCUGCGCUGCACCACCGGUACGCCAUGGACGACUUUCCGAACGGCACGAAUGCGAUCGUAGCCGUCAUCUCCUACACGGGCUACGACAUGGAGGACGCCAUGAUCCUCAACAAGUCUGCGCACGAGCGCGGCUUUGGGUACGGCACCGUGUACAAGUCCGAGGUCGUGCACCUGCGCGACGCCGGCGGCGGCCGUGGCGGCGGCCAGGCGCUGCUCCUCGGAUGGGGCCCGGACAUCCGUGCGGACGACCCGCGGCGCGCGCAGCUCGAUGUGGACGGCCUCCCCCGCGUCGGCACGCCGAUGACGAAGGGCACGCCGCUGUGCGCCUACUACAACGAGGCGAGCGGCCGCACGCGGCUCCAGCGCUACAAGGGCGACGAGGCCGCGUACGUCGACACCGUCCGUGUGAUUGGCACCGACACAGGCGACGGCCCGUGCCAGCGUGUGCAGAUCACGUUCCGCGUGCCGCGUGCGCCGGUGAUUGGCGACAAGUUCAGCUCGCGGCACGGGCAGAAGGGUGUCUGCUCGCAAAAGUGGCCGGCGGUCGACAUGCCGUUCAGCGAGAGCGGCAUGCAGCCGGACGUGAUCAUCAACCCCCACGCGUUCCCGAGUCGUAUGACGAUCGGCAUGCUUAUCGAGAGCAUGGCCGGCAAGGCCGGCGCCAUGCACGGCCUGGCGCAGGACGCGACGCCGUGGACGUUUGGCGAGGACGACACGCCCGUGGAGUACUUUGGCGAGCAGCUGCGCGCGGCAGGCUACAACUACCUCGGCAACGAGCCCAUGUACUCGGGCAUCACGGGCCAGGAGCUGCGCGCGGACAUAUACCUCGGCGUCGUGUUCUACCAGCGCCUGCGUCACAUGGUCAACGACAAGUUCCAGGUGCGCACGACCGGUCCGGUGCAUGCGCUCACGCGCCAGCCCGUCAAGGGCCGCAAGCGCGCGGGCGGUAUCCGCUUCGGUGAGAUGGAGCGCGAUGCCCUGCUGGCGCACGGCACGUCGUUCCUGCUGCAGGACCGCCUGUUCCACUGCUCGGACGCGACGACCGCGUACGUGUGCCGCACCUGCGGCAGCCUGCUCUCGGUCGCGUACGACGACGCGGCCGGCAUUUCCGUGCCGGGCCUCGGCACCGUGCAGGCCAUCGAGAAGUCGGCCCACCGCACCGCGCCCCUCGGCCCGCGCGGCGAGUACUGCCGCGUGUGCCGCCGCGCCGCGGAGGCGGGCGCACCGCCGCCGGCCGCGGCCCCCGAGCACCGUGUGCCGGUGCCGCGCCACUGCGUGGUGCGCCGCACUGGCGACCUCGAUGUGGUGGCCGUCCCGUACGUGCUCAAGUACCUGGUCGCGGAGCUUGCGGCUAUGGGACUGCGCAUGAGCUUCGCUGUAGCGCCGUAG